AUGUCCUCAGCAACUAAAGCAGAACCGCCCGGGAAAGCCAAAUCCAAACCUUCGCGAACCAAACAGUCUGCUAGUAGCAAUGCACCCAAGCUCAAAGUUGUGAUUCGUCGAUUGCCGCCCAAUCUUCCUGAGAACAUAUUCUGGCAAAGUGUCGCCCAAUGGGUAACCGACGAGAGUUCGAGCUGGAAGUUGUAUGUUCCGGGUAAACUUAGGACCAAACUCAAUCGAGAAAACACACCAUCUCGGGCCUAUGUAGAGUUCGUAACACCUGAGGCCGUGGUCGCAUUCAGCCGAGACUAUAAUGGGCACGUGUUUCGCGACAAGCAGGGCAAUGAAUCGGCGGCUGUGGUAGAGUAUGCACCUUAUCAAAAAGUGCCACACGAAAAGCGCAAGGCCGACGCCAAGAUUGGGACGAUUGAAACAGAUGAAGACUUCAUCUCCUUCCUUGAAGCACUGAAUAAACCCGCUGAACCAACUCCCGAUGUAAAUGAACUCGUGACACAAGGUACCACGGCGAUCGCAGAGCCAACCUCGACACCUCUUCUUGACGCGCUCAAAGCAGCUAAAGAGGCCAACACCAUAAAAGGGUAUCAUUCGCAUUACCGUGAUCAACCCACUCAGCCCCGACAUCGGGUACAAGAUCUCGAGGAUGCAGAGACAUUUAGUCGCAAAGUUCCCCUGAAGAACCAGCAAGAUUUAGCCCAUCCGAUACGAGAGAUGUGGAAAAGAGCAAGGAGAAAGAAAGAAAAAGAAAAAGAAGGAGGCGGGAAAAGGGGUAAAAAUAAACAGAAGAGAAAGCUCCCGGAACAGGCCCCGGUCCCAAGUCACCCAAGCCCGCAGCCGCACAAUCAAUAG